CCAUCGUGCGAUUUGCGUGUAUAUCUUUUAAUCCGGAUAAAAAAAAUAAAAUAUCGUGUAAAAUUUUUUUUUUUUAAUCAUAUUUUUGCAAAACUUGUUUCGAUUGAAGUGUCGGUAAAAAUAAUUUUAAAAGUGAAAAAAAAUUUUUUGAGUGAAAAAAAAUGAGGGGUUAAUUUAUUUUUUAAUGUUACGAUGGAAUUUGAAAAAGAAGGAUCCUUAACUAUGCUCCAAUUGUGAGCUUCUAUUCACCAGAUAAGAUUUAAGCGCAUUAAAGCGCGGCGGGGUGGCCCCAAUGCCCGCCAGGAAGGGCCUCCUCGCUCCUCAAAAUACUUUCCUUGACACUAUUGCAACACGGUUCGAUGGAACUCACAGCAAUUUUGUAUUGGGAAAUGCGCAGGUUCCGUCGAUCUAUCCGAUUGUUUAUUGUUCCGAUGGAUUUUGUGAGCUGACAGGAUUUGCACGAGCGCAAAUCAUGCAAAAGAGUUGCGCUUGUAAAUUUCUUUAUGGACCGGAAACGAAGGAAGAAGAAAAGGCAAUGAUCGACAAAAGCCUUGAGAGUAAGACCGAGCUCAAGAUGGAGGUUACCUUUUACAAAAAGAGCGGAAGUCCGUUCGACUGCCUACUUGACAUUGUUCCAAUAAAAAACGAAAAAGGUGACGUCGUUCUUUUUUUGGCCUCACAUAAGGAUAUCACUCAUACAAAAAAUCUUCAACUCUGUGAGUUAUACGAUAGUGAUGCGAAUGGCAAUCUUGAUCCUGAAGCUCCUCCAGCUAAUUAUGGCAGAAGAAGAAGUCGAGCCGUCCUAUAUCAAUUGUCAGGCCAUUAUAAGCAGGACAGUAAACAUAAGAUUAAGUUAAAUAGUACCCUACUUCAUUCCGCGGCAGCGCCACUUCCAGAGUACAAGACCUCAGCGAUUAAGAAAUCCCAAUAUAUCUUAAGCCAUUAUGGGAUUUACAAGACGUGUUGGGAUUGGCUAAUACUCAUAGCAACUUUCUAUGUGGCAGUAGUUGUUCCUUACAAUGCAAGUUUCAUUAACACAGACAGGCCUACCAUGGUUAGCGAUGUUGUAGUCGAGAGCCUCUUCAUUACCGAUAUUAUUCUUAAUUUUCGAACAACGUACGUAAACAGAAAGGGAGAAGUCGUCAGUAACAGUAAAAGCAUUGCUGUGAAUUACUUAAAGAGUUGGUUUUUAGUCGACCUCGUGGCAGCGCUACCUUUUGAUCUACUUUAUGCAUCUGAUGUAUACAGCGGAGAGGAAUCAGGCCAAAGUCACAUUCACCUGGUGAAAUUGACCAGAUUAUUAAGGCUAGCACGCCUUCUGCAGAAAAUGGAUAGGUUUUCUCAAUAUAGUGCAAUGAUAUUAGCAUUACUUAUGAUUUUCUUCACUCUGGUUGCUCAUUGGUUGGCCUGUAUUUGGUAUGUCAUCGCAGAAAAGGAGAGAUUACGAAACGAUAAAGAAUGGGACCUUGGUUGGAUUCACAUUCUCGCAGAUAGACUAAAAAUUCCCGUACAAAAUGUCACUCGUAUGGAUAGCUAUGUGACUGCACUAUAUUUCACAUGCAGUAGCCUCACGUCAGUUGGAUUUGGAAAUGUAUCAGCAAAUACAACAUUUGAAAAAAUAUUUUCUAUUUUAACAAUGCUUGUAGGAGCUCUAAUGCACGCUGUAGUUUUUGGAAAUGUCACUGCAAUCAUACAAAGGAUGUAUUCAAGAAGGUCAUUAUAUCAAUCAAAGUGGAGGGAUUUAAAGGAUUUCCUCGUCCUUCAUCAAAUACCAGACGAGCUCAAGCAGAGGAUGCAAGAUUACUUUCAUACGAUGUGGUCACUAAAUCACGGGAUUGAUAUACAUGAGACCCUUAAAGAAUUUCCAGAAGAAUUGAGGGGCGAUGUAUCAAUGCACUUGCAUCGGGAAAUUUUGAGUUUACCAAUAUUUGAAAGUGCUUCUCAAGGAUGCCUCAAACUUCUUUCACUACAUAUCAGAAACAAUUUCUGUGCUCCGGGCGAAUUCCUUAUUCAUAAGGGAGACGCUCUUUCGUACAUUUAUUAUCUCUGUAAUGGUAGUAUGGAAGUUGUGCAAAAUAGCAUGGUUGUCGCCAUAUUAGGUAAAGGAGAUUUAGUAGGUAGUGACAUUAACGCACAGCAUCCUCAACAUGGGGCCAAUGGAGGUCCCAGUAUUGUGGCAACAGAUGUUGUGGUAAAAUCAAGCUGUGAUGUGAAAGCUUUAACAUACUGUGAUCUCAAGUGUAUCCACAUACAGGGAUUGGUUGAUGUACUUCGUCUCUAUCCUGAAUAUCAACAAGUUUUCGCCAAUGAAAUUCAACAUGAUCUCACUUAUAAUCUUCGCGAAGGUUAUGAAGCUGAGCAAGAAUCAGAUAUGAAUGGUCCAUCGUUAACUCUUCCGUCAAUUAGUGAGGACGACGAGAAUAUUCCUGAAGAGGGUGAAACGUCUCCUUUGUCACCACCUAAUAGAUCGCCGUUACAUUCAGCAACGAGUCCAAGACACGCGAAAUUUAGGGAUAAAUGUAGAGAAGGUAGAAGGCCACUAAAAGGGGUUUUAGUUCGAAGUAGAACAACAGCAGUUCCUCCUCAUGAUAUUGUUGAAGAUCAUAUUCGAGGAUCAGUUGAAAGGCUUGAUACACAAGUUUCAACAUUGCAUCAAGAUGUUACUAUGCUCAGUUAUGAGGUGAGAAAUGCAAUUCAAGCUCUACAAAUUUUGGCAAGUUCGCCUCAAAGUAAUCCAAAUCUUCCAAUGCCAGCGGGUAGAGCAGGAAGUGGAGUUUUAGCAAGAAGUUCAUCGCAUCCACCGGAUGCUCUUUGUUGGAAUCCACCUGCGCGAUUAAUUGAUGUUUGCACACAAACAGAUUGGCCUGUGGAUAUUUUAGAUAUGUGGGUACGAACCGAUCCUCAACGUGUUCUCAAAAUUUUAGGCCUUGAGCCAGAAUCUGUUUUGAGGCUUCCCCCACCAUCGCCAACACCAUCGCCAUCUUCACCUCCACCACCACCUUAUGAACCUCUUUCUCCAAUUGGUGGUUCUCCACAUCGGUCACCAUCUGAAUCACCAGGUAACUAUGGUUUUGGUAAAAGUUCAUGUAGACGAGUAAUGUCAAGAGGCUAUCGAGAGUCAUGGGAUUCGGAAAAUAAAGUUUCCCAUCGAUUUAGUGCUGGUGAUGCCGAACAUUCCUCCAAUUUAUAUCAGAACUAUAGUAAUAUUCGACAGCUUCCAGAAACGCGUUCUUUGACAUUUGAUCCCUUCGAUAGCUGAGCAAUAAGAAAAUCAUAAAUAAAAGAAAAAGAAAAAAGUUAAUUAGAACCAACAUGGCUCAUUUACUUUCUUUGCUUCAACAACAUAAUAAAAGUUCAUUAAAGAGACUUGUUGUCUGUAUAAAAAAAAUAUAUUAUAUA